CAACAACAACUCUGUUGAGUUGAUGUUGUGAUAAUUCCAUUGAAAUUCGAUAUUGCUUUCCACUUCCAACAUCGUCAUUGCAGAUUGAUAGUGGAGUGCUGAUACCCCCUGAUCUGAGGAAGCGUUAAGGCGGCAACUCCACCACAGCAAAGACGCGGGAAUCCACAACUCCACUCUCCCGCCGCGGCUCUAGAACGGCAGCUCCAUUGGUUUCCACUUCCGCUACAGUGGGAAAACACCCCUGAAUUGCCCACAUCAACAACACCGAAGCCUUGCCACGUUUCGUUUCGUUCCAUUUGGCUUCUCGACAUCCAACUCCAAUCUCCUCCUCCCAUAAACAAAAACCAUUUCCCCCCAACCCGACACAAACCGGGAAUGGCUACACUGACACCCUAUCAUGGCGCCAUCGUAUAGUAGCAAUGGGGGCUACGGCUACAGCAGCAGCUCAUCAUUCCAACCCAAACACCGCCGCUCCGACUCGACUUCGUUUCUCGACGACCUGCGCGCCUUCCUCGCCCACUCGUCCCGCUCCGCCUGGCGCUUCUGGAGGGAACGCGGUCGCUUCAUGGCUUGGGCGGCCAUCGUCAAUGCCGGACGGCGGCUGCGCAUGAACUUGACGUAUAACCGUCUGUUCAGCUUCCCGCACUUGCUGGUGGCGGCUUGGAUUGUCGUCUUGCUUUGGGGCGAGAGAUGGGUGUUUCAUUCGGCGGUGGAGGAGUGUGAGUGGGGGAAGUGGGAGAGAUGGCCCGCCGGCGCGAACCCUCACCACCUCGUUCUGGUGGCCGAUCCCCAGCUCAUCGACCCCCAUUCGUACCCCGGACGACCGUGGCCGUUGAACCCGUUGACGAUGACGAUUGUCGAUAACUACAUCCGCCGAUCCUACACGCAAAUGCAAUCACAACUUGAUCCCGAUACGAUCUUCUUCCUAGGCGACCUAUUCGACGGCGGACGGGAGUGGAAGACGGCACGUGGAGACUUUAGAGACCCGGAAUGGGGUCCGCACCCGAAAGACGAGCAGAAAUACCUAAAGAGUUGGAAUAAGAAGUACAACGAGUUUUACUGGUUGAAGGAGUACGCGAGGUUUGGCGAGAUUUUCUUCAGUCCGUGGCUUGAGGCGGGGCAGAAGCCGGAGAACGAGCACAAGAGGAGGAAACUGAUUGCCAGCUUACCCGGGAACCACGACUUGGGAUUUGGUGCUGAGAUCAAGCUUCCGGUGAGGAACAGGUUCGAGGCUUACUUUGGCGAGGGAAACCGCGUGGAUGUGGUUGGAAACCAUACCUUUGUUUCGGUCGAUACGGUGUCGAUGAGCGCUGCUAGCUUGUCGGAGGUUGCCAGGCAGGAUGUACAGCCUAUUUACAAACCGACGGAGCACUUUAUCAACCAGGUGAAGUGGACGAUGCAAAAGGCUGUGGAGAAGGAGCUACGGUAUCUGAGGGGAGAAGUUCCCGAGGUUAAACUGCACCACCGCAUCGAAGAGCUCAACAAGGCCAACUUCAAGGAUCAGCCGCGUCUUGUCAACGAUGAGAAUAACCAGAAAAUCCCCGACCUCCCGACCGUCCUCCUCACCCACGUCCCGCUCUACCGACCACCCGGCACCCCAUGCGGCCCGAAGCGCGAGCACUGGCCCCCUACACUUCCGCCAAAGGGUCAGACCGAGCCGGUCAUCCCCGACCACCGCAACGCUAUUUCCGUGUUCCGUGGUUACCAAUACCAGAACGUCCUCGACGAGAAGCAGUCCAUAAGCCUGAUUGAGAAAAUCGGCAACGUCAUCCACGCCUUCUCCGGCGACGACCACGACUACUGCGAAGUAGUGCACGCGCCCAACCAAGGUUCAGUCCGCGAAAUCACCGUCAAAUCCAUCAGCAUGGCCAUGGGCGUCCCCACCCCCGGUUUCCAAAUGGUCAGCUUAUACAACCCGCUCGACCCAGUGACCGGCAAGCCCUUGGCAGGUGACGGCCAACCAACCAUCCAAACGCACCUCUGCCUCCUCCCGAACCAAAUCAGCACCUACCUCCACUACGUCGGCCUCGGCAUUUUUUGUGUGAUCCUCCUCGCCAUCCGCGCUUUUCUGGUGCCCGUCCUCAACCUGCCCAGAUUCGCCCUUGACUUGGACAGCGACAGCAGCCACCCGGGUGGUAUCUCCAUCCUCCCCGUCUUCAAAGCCAAGCAAGAAGAUUACGACGAAUACACCCUCCCCUCGGCCGGGUACUCGGCCUCCUCAUCCAAGUACGGCUCCUCAGGAGGCACUUCGGGAGAACGACGGAUGACCAGGACCGGGUCAGUCAGUUCUUCUUCACUGAGGAAAACUAGUCCUAGAAAUGGCGGCCAUGAGAAAGGAAGUAGUGGAAGAAGUAGAAAAUCGAGUGUUUACAGUAAUAGUAAUAAGUCUACUAAAGGAUGGUCAUGGGGUGGGAAGCAUGGACAUCAUCAUGAGCCGAGGAUUGAGAUCCCUGGAGAAAAUGAGGAGGAUCUUUAUUAUGGUGGGGCGACGUCGUCGAUGAGUUCUUCGAAGUGGAGGGCGAAGCAGAGCAGGAAAAAGCCGAAGCCGAAGACGGCCAUGGGGGUGGUGGUGACGGAGUUGUGGACGACGGUUUGGAGGGUGGCGUGGAUGGUGGUGGGGGUUUUUGGGUGGUUGGCUUGGAAGGGGUAGUAGGAUCGUGGUAAUGUAUGUCUCUUUAGGGUAUGGUGAAGAUUAGGAAUGGGGAUAGAGAAACAGAAGGAUAUGCUGGAAGAUGGUAGUAGGGGGUUAGAGUAAAAGUGAUAUAAGGGGGUUGUUGUCUAUUAUGACCAUCCGGUGGCAUUAGAAAGGUGCCGGUACAUACAUAUAAAUUUUAUCAUAUUUAC